AUGUAGAAUUAGGAUAAAUAAAAAGUUAUUGAAACAGGUACAAGCAAAGUGGCUGCAAGAUUCCCAUUUACAGUAUUUUUAGAACAAGGAAUUGAAUACUAUUAUUGCACAUGUGGUCUUGGAUCUACUCAGCCUUUUUGUGAUGGGUAGUGUGAGGGAACAGGAUUUGAGCCUGUCAAAAUAAUUCCAAAAAGAAGUGGAAAUGCUUUACUCUGUGGUUGUAAGAGAUAAUGUGAUCCGAAAAAUCCGAAUUGCGAUGGAAGUCAUUCAGUAGUUAAUUUGGAUUGGUGA